AAGAUCAUCGUCUACGCAGCAGCCGUAUUGACACUUUUAUCAUGCCUAUCGUUUCGGUCGGUAUGCCUCUGGGACCGGGAUGCUCCACUUGCGGCUAUUGUGGACCACUGGGAGAACGAAGUAGCACUGAGACUAGCUUCAAGAAAGCAGGGCUUAUUGCCUCUCAACUAUCAUGUGAAGUCUAUCAAAAGAUGAUCUACAGAGGGUGGAGACGAUCUGGGACAUAUUGUUAUGCUCCUGAUCUAAGACGCUCGUGUUGUCCUCAGUACACUAUCAGGCUUGAUGCGAUAGAAUUUAAGCCUUCUCGCAGCCAAAGAAAACUCAUCAACCGAUGGAAUCAUUUUGUUAUGCAAGGUCACAAAUCCGAGACUAGUGAUUCCCUGCUACUACAUGAUAUAUCACCUUCCCCGAUGCCAACCAGACCAUCCAAGUCAGGGGGUAAUGCUUCGAAGCGUGAUCCUCCACAAUUUUCUCUGUCUACCUCGAUACACGCCGCCGAGUCUGACUUCAUUUCUCCAAAUCUAACAGCCCGUCAUAAUUUUAAGGUGACGCCCGAACCAUCAACCUACUCAGAAGAGAAAUAUGCGCUUUAUCUGCUGUACCAAAGACAGAUCCACCACGACCCACACAAUACACCGGAAGAUUUCAAGCGUUUUCUUGUAAAAAGCCCUCUGAUAAAUGAACCUAUCCCAUACCCUGCAAGCGCACCUGACCAUCUUCCGUCACAAUAUGGUUCUUUCCAUCAGAUGUAUCGACUUGACGGCGAACUGAUCGCCGUGGGUGUCAUUGAUAUCUUGCCUGGAUGCGUCUCCAGCGUGUAUUUCAUGUACGAUCCGAAACACGACAAAUAUUCCCUUGGGAAGCUCAGUGCAUUGCGAGAGGUCUCAUUGGCCAGAGAAAUAUAUGAUGCAGGUGCCAUUGCCAUGUCAUCCCUUGCCAUGGGGUUUUAUAUCCACUCUUGCCCAAAAAUGAAAUACAAGGGCGGGUUCUCGCCUUCAUAUCUCGCCGACCCUGAAGAGUUUACGUGGUUUCCCUUAGCAGAUUGUAUUCCGCAACUAGAAAAGUUUCGCUAUGCCGCUUUUGUGCACCCUGAACAUUCGUUGGAAGGUCCACAGGAUCCUGGUGAAGACCCACCUGUUCGCGUCUCGGAGGAGCUACUCAAUGAAGUCAUGGUCAUUUAUUCCAUGCAGCAGGGGGCGAUAUCUAUCAUCCCUGUCAGCUUAUCUCACCAGUGGAAAGAUGAAUAUAAUCGCGAUGAGAUUUUAAGCUGUGUCGAUGCCUUAGGAGAUGAGUUAUCAAGGGAGAUCAUAUUUCGGUAAUAGGCGAUGAUCCGACACCUGUAUUUUUUCUAUUUGUGAUAUGUUGUUGAAUUAGUUGCGCGGACGUUCUCGGGAUGUACAAGCUGAUGGAGUUCUCAUUUUUAAGACCUGCAAGUGUUGGUCAGCAC